UUUACGGGAUUGUGUAGCAGCAAUAAUGCCAUAAAAUUCACACAAAGGAAUAUGCUAUGUCAAACUCAGUUUAUCAGAUCACAAAAGAAGGAAGAGAGGAGAUAUUGAACCUAAACUGCAAGAUUAUAAACUUCAUCCACUGCAUAAAAGAGAAAUGCAAUCUGGAUGUCCAAGAGGCUGUGGACUUGAUGGACAGGACGGGAGAGCUAGUGAACUUGAAUGAGAAAGCACAGAGCACUGACCUCAUCAGCAGUUUGCUGAAGGAGAGAGAGAGCUAUAUUCCAUUACGCGUGUCACGAGGUGAAGGCACUGAAGGGCCUAAAUAUUCUGCAGUUAGUGGUUUUGGGACAAGUUACCCUGAGCUAGCAGAGGUCCUAAGAAAGUUGACAAAUCACUCAAAGGACCGAGACAAAAAGGGCGGCGCAUCAAAAAAAGGCGGAGUUAGUCAAAACCGUAUCAAAGCUGCUGUCAAGAAGAUACCUCGGAGCUAA